AUGGUCCUUCAAACAUCCCACGGUCAAUACCCGCCCUUCGCCGAAGGCCUGCCAACCGCACCGCUGGUUUCGAUUUCUCUGCGCAAGCUCGAAGCCAACGACGAUGGGGAGUCGCACAGCUUCUUCACGGCCUCGAAGGAACUGGGCUUCUUCUACCUGGACAUGGAAGGGUCUGCGCUGGGCGAGAAGAUCGUGGCCCAGGCCGAGCAGCUGCACGCCGUGCAGAAGCAGUUUCACGCCCUUCCGAACGAGGAAAAGGAGAGAUUUUUGAGGGAGAAGCUCGACCCAUUUUUCGGAUACCGCAUCCUGGGAACCAGGGAGAUGGAGGACGGGACGGUGGUGAGGAACGAGAACUAUAAUAUGCGCAAAGAUGACUUGAUCGGCAACUGCAAACCACUUCCGUGCCCGGACCUCAUCAGGCAGAACUGGCAGCUGUUGGGCGACUACGCCCGCAACUGCCGCGCCGCCAUCGACCUGAUGUUCACGCACCUCGAGAAGAACCUGGAGCUCCCGAUCGGGACCUUGGCCAAGCUGCACCGCAUCGAGGAGCGGUCGGGCGACCACGUGCGCUUCAACAAGUCUGCGCCGGGCAAAUUCGACGAGCAGAAGGCCCGGCUGGGCGAGCACACCGACUUUGGCUCCCUGACCAUCCUCUUCAACUGGAUGGGCGGGCUGCAGAUCCGCAUGCCCGAGACCAACGAAUGGGUCUACGUGCGUCCCGUGCCUGGCUCCGCGGUGGUGAACCUCGGCGAUGCCCUGGUCAAGUUCACGGCCGGCUUGCUGCGGUCCAACGUCCAUCGCGUGGUGCCGCCGAUGCCGCCGCAGGACGGGCGCGACCGGCACAGCCUGGUGUUUUUCUCGCGGCCCGAGGACGCCGUCGUCCUGCGCCGGCUCAAGGGCGGCCUCAUCGACAAGCAGCCACAGACCCAGAAGGAAGAGAUGGAGUUGACCAGCGAGGAGUGGAUUCUUCGACGGAGCGUCGGAGAUCUGAAGGGCGUCUAUACCCACAAAGGCGGUCUGGAGCUGCGUUUUCCUUUGGUAGAAGGGAAAGCAUGA